CGCCGUGCUCUACGUGUUCGGCAGCAACGCCGUGGAACGAGCACGGGGACAAGAUCCCGGAUGAGUUUGACAGCGACCCCGUUGGGAUCCGGCACCUGCGCAGAACCUACAAGUACUUCAAGGACUACAGGCAGAUGAUCAUCGAGCCGACGAGCGCGCGCCUGCUGCCCGACCCCCUGCAGGAGCCCUACUACCAGCCCCCCUACACGCUGGUCAUCGAGCUCACGGGGGUCCUGCUGCACCCCGAGUGGUCGCUGGUGACGGGCUGGCGGUUCAAGAAGCGCCCGGGCAUCGAGCACCUCCUGCAGCAGCUCGCGCCCCUCUACGAGAUCGUCGUCUUCACCUCCGAGACCGGCAUGACGGCGUUCCCGCUGAUCGACUCCAUCGACCCGCACGGCUUCGUCUCCUACCGGCUCUUCCGCGACGCCACGCGCUACAUGGACGGCCACCACGUCAAGGACAUCUCGUGCCUGAACCGCGACCCGGCGCGGGUGGUGGUGGUGGAUUGGCGCCGGGACUCGUUCCGGCUGCAGCCGCACAACGGGCUGGCCCUGCCGCGCUGGGACGGCGGCUCCGAGGACCGCGCGCUCUACGACCUGGCGGCCUUCCUCAAGACCAUCGCGCUCAGCGGCGUGCAGGACGUGCGCGCCGUGCUGCAGAAUUACUCGCACGAGGCCGAUCCCCUGGCCGCGUUCCUGCGGCGCCGCUCCCGCCUCCAGGAGGAGGAGCAGCAGCGGAGGGCGGAGCUGGCGCAGGGCCGGAAGCCGCCGGGGGCGGGGCCUUUCCUGGGCUCCCUCACCGGGCGCCUCUGGCCGCGCUCCAAGCAGCAGUGACGUCACCGCGGCGUCACCGUGACGUCAUCGCCGCGGCGGGACGGCGCCGUGGGGGGAGGGGCACCCCAAAUCCCCCCUCCCCUCCCCCAACCCCGAAUUCCCAGAACGCCGCGGGUGGGGGAGGGGAUUGGGG